AAUACUGCCGUCCUAAUGAAGAACGCAGUAACUCGAUUUUUUUCGAUUUUGAGAUUUUGGUGAAUUCGUAUUCUUGAACAUAUUCUCUAUCUUUCUACCAACUCAGUUUUUCCAAAAAAAAUUUGGUUUUUUCAAAAUUUGAAAAAAAAGUUUGCAGUAACUCGCUUAAAGCAUCAUAUUACUAGUUAAAAACGCAGUAAGCACUUAUCCUAGCGAGAAAUGCAGUAUUUAAAAAUAUACUGUGUAACUGCUUUGGAUCUCCAUUAAAAAAAUCACUUUAUUUUAAGGUAAACUGCAGUAACUUAGAAAUCCUAAUGAAUAACGCAGUACAACAAACUUUGCUAUAAUUUAUACAUGUACAAGGAGUCAAAAACAUCAUCUAUUACUAACAAAAAACGCAGUACGAUGGAUUAUCCAAUCACAAUGCAGUAUUCACAAAUAACUUACGCCUAUACCCUUGUAUUAGUGACGCGAUACGUCACACUUUGCUAAGGAAAAGUGCAGUAACUUUUCCCGCGUAAGCUUUAACGGUUUUCUAACCUAUUUCAUUUGCAAGAUUACUGUUGAUGAAUCGUAUUUCUGUCUCUGUUUAAACUUAUUAAUGUAUAAAGGACAGAAAAUACACUGAAACAGCAUAUUUAUUGUAAGAAUGAACAGAUCGAUUUGAGCUUUUAGCUGAUGCGAAGGUGCGAAGGUGUUUAAAUAAUAAUUAUUAAUUUAGUAUUAUAAAUAAUAUAAUAUUAUUACCGGGUUAUCAAAUAGUAAAAAAUAUAAUUAAAAAUUGUGUGUUUUUGUGGUUUUGUCGUCAUAAUGGAUAGCAAGGUAAGUCUGUGGAUUUAUUUCAAUUUAUUAGUAGAAAAUUUACGGCCGUUAGUUAGGUACGUGCAAUAAAUUUACCAGACGAUUUUUUAAAAAAUAUUUUACGAAAAAAAAUCCUAUAAACAUGCUAGGUUUUCAGAGUUUUAAAAGAAAAACUACAUUUUAAUUCGUUAAAAAUAUAAAAUCGUUAUUUAUGUAUCAAUUGUGUUAAGUGAUACUUUUUUUACGAAUGGGAUUGUUUUUCAUUUUAAAAAAAGAACUUUCCACACGUGUUUCAUACAAUAUUUUUUCUUAUACCCUCAAUUUUUUCCCGAAAAUUCAUUAAAUAAAGAAAAUAAGUCGUUAACUUUACACCGUAGUGGCGUAAAGUAAAUUUACUUUACACACUAGUAAGUGCGUAAAGUAACGAACUAAAAACCAGUGCGUCAGGUGUCAAAUUUUUGCUGAUGCAAUUUUUUGGCAGACUGCUUUACGCACUAGUGUGUAAAAUACUUAUUUUAUGCACUAGUGCGAAAAAGUGCUACUUUAUACACUGUUUUUAGUGCGUAAAGUGAGUACUUUACACACGGUAGUAGAAAACCCUUUCAUGGUACAUACUUAAUUAACACCCUGUGUAUUUAGGAGCAAGUAUUAAUAAGAAAAUUUAUAAAAAUGUUUCGCCUUAUUUGAAGCUAUCAUCAUUAACAUAGCCCAAAAAUUUCGGUCUAGUUUUUGAUUUUUAAUUUUUUCUUUUUACUUUACUCUCUGUAUCUCCCAAAAGUCCCAGGCGCUGAGCUGGUUUUUUUAAUAUUGUUUAAAUACUGAAUAAAUGUUUUAACUGUAUUUUUAGAUAAGUUCAAGAACUAAAUUAUUAAUGUCCAUUGCAUGUAAACGAAAAACAGGUGAAUCUAUGGAGAAUAUCCGUAGUGAAUCUGGUAAAAAAAGUGGUGUUGGUGGUGUAACUGGUGGUGGAAAACAAGCGAAAUUAGACUUUCAAAAAGCCGAACUAUCCUACAACUACCCCGAAAUAAAUUUGGCCAAUAAGGAAAAUGUGGCAUUAUUCCUUAAUGAUAACUCUAGUAGUGUAACUUGUGAAGAAAAAAUUAAUGACAAAGUUGUUGAUAAUAAUCGAUAUGAUAAAGAUGAAAUUUUCCAUCAAGUUGCUGACGAUACUAUUCCACCUUUAACCACUAAUAAUAAAGAUCAAACAUCUGAUUUUAUUGAAACUGAUUUGAAAUUAAAGGAUAGGAAUCACACACCAUUAGGACCCGUAGAUGAAAAUGUUUCUCAUGAGCAUCCAAUAAUACCUAGUGAUAAAGAAAUAGAUAUUAGCGCCAUCAAUGAUUUUAUUUUGACUGAUGACCUAAAGGCCGAUGAGGGUUUAUUAGAGUUUUCAUUUAGAAGCAGUAUUUUUGACGAAAGUGUUUUAAAUAAUUUAGAAAAUGAGCCCCCGCAAAUAUCUCCUGAAAAUUCUUCAAAAAUUGUUAUUCACGAUAUUCAGAUUAUUCCCCCAAGAACUGAAAAUCCUCAAUUAGAAAGAGACCCACCAGGUACUAACGAAAAUCCUACUCUUACUAAGAAGGGUGAAAUACGUAAGAGAAAAAAAUACAACAUUUCUUUAAAAGAACGUUUAAAACAAAAAAAAGAAAAAGCAAAAGAAAAGUUUAAUUUAAAACCCCCAUGUAAAAAUUGUCCAAAAAAAUGCAACCUUCAUAUUCCAGAAAAUAGGAGGAUUGAACUAAAUAAAAACUAUCAAUCACUGAAUUUUACAGACAGAAAAAAAUUUAUCCUAAGCAAUACAGAGCAAACUGAGCUAAAUAAUACUGAAAACUCCAAAAGGUGCCGCAGCAUUACAUAUUAUUUUCAGGAUGAAACUGGGAGAAGAAUCAAAAUUUGUAAAACGUUUUUUUUAACCACUUUAGGCUACCACGAAAAAAAUGAUAGAUUUAUUUUACAAGCUAUCAGCAAAAGUGACAAUCACAUAUCUGUUUCUUCUGACAUGAGAGGAAAAUAUCCUAAAACAAGAAAAUUUAAUAAGGAUGUUAUAGAAGCACAUAUUGAGAGCUUUCACCCAUCAGUGUCCCAUUAUCGAAGGGAGCAUGCUCCAAAUAAAAGGUAUCUACCAAGUGAUGUGUCGAUUACGUUAAUGUAUAAAGACUUUUUAACUAAACACCCUACCUUUUAUUGUUCCUACGAGUUGUAUAGAGUAGCCGUAAAGGCUAAAAAUAUUUCGUUCACUAAACUGGGACAUGAGGAGUGUGAAUGUUGUGCAAUAUUUGAAAACCAUUGCCACUCAAAAGAAAAUAUUGAUCCUGAUUGUGACAUCUGUAAGACCUAUACCAAACACAUAAAAAAAGCGGAGGAAUCCAGAAAUAUGUAUAGGAACGAUGCCAAAAUGGAUCAUAAUAACAAUUUGGAGGUCUGCUAUUCCGCAGAUUUGCAAAAGGUUAUUAUGCUUCCAAGGUUAGAUCAAUAUAAAAUUGCUCUAUUUACCCCGCGAAUUAUUGUUUUCAAUGAGUCCUUUGUACCAGUUGGAAAGAAAUGUGGCUUAAAACCCAUAGCUUGCAUUUGGCAUGAGGGUAUUGCUGGCCGGAAAAAAGAAGAUAUCAUUAGCACAUUCUACUCCUUUUUUCUGGAAAACCGUGACAGCAGAAUCAUUACAUUGUGGCUGGACAACUGUUCAGCCCAAAAUAAAAAUUGGACAUUUUUUUCUUUUCUUGUAUAUAUAAUAAACAGUUCAGAAAUACAAGCAGAAAAAAUAUGGGUAAAAUAUUUCGAACCAGGGCAUACUUACAUGAGUGCCGACAGUUUUCAUCACCAGGUAGAACUGUCGAUGAAGUAUAAGGGCACCUUAAGCGACUUUAAAGACUUUAGUGAUGCAGUACAGGCGGCUAAUUCCGGAAAAGUCACGGUUCUUGAAAUGAGAAUUAAUAAUUUCUUUAACUGGAUUGAUCAGACCUCCCAGGUCAAAAUUAAAAAAAUGCAGCCUCGUCCAUACAUGACAGAUAUAACUAUGAUCUUGGCGGAACGAGGCAAACAAUAUUUAACUUACUUCGAUAAUUAUAAUUUAGAAGAUCCUAAAACUUUAUCAUUUUUAAAGGCUAAACCAGAACGAGAUGGGAUCCCAAAACCACUGCCUUGCACUAAAGCCAGGGGCAUUAAUAAAAAUAAGAAAGAGGGCAUAAUUAAUAAAUUGUGCCCCCUCAUGGCAGAAGGGAGGCGGCAGUUUUGGUAUAACAUUGACGUUGAUGACAAUGUCAAUGAUUUAAAUAGUUCCUUUGAAUAGUUUUUUGAAAGUAUUUUUAUAUAUUUUUCUAUACUUAUACUUACCUGUAUUUUAUUCAAUUAUGUUAUUGUUUAAAAAAAUUUGGUUGUCACGGUUCGCUUAGGGAGUCCAAUUUCACCCUUGUUUUUAACUAUGUAUUUAAUGUAUAGAUUUUCAAAUAAACACUCCCAAUUCAAUGGCUACAUUUUUUAUUAAACCUGUCCCUUUUGCCCAAAAAUUAUAUUUUUCGUUAUUAUAGGUACCAAAAAAUCAGCUUAUUACUUAAAAUAAAUAUUAUUGGGGUAUGGUUUCGCAAAAUUAAUACGUAAAGUUAGGUCCUCUUUUCAUAUAUUAGUACGGCGGCAUAUCAAAGAAUACUAGUGAUAAAUGCAGUAAAAUGGCAACAAUGCGGUACUUACUGCAUUUCUUACUAGUAAUUAUGAAGUUAUGGUGGUUACGAUGCUAGGCUAAAAUGCAUUAUCGUAAAUUAUUAUUAGUCAAAAUGACUAUAUAUGCACAAAAAAUAUUCAAAAAAGUCAAAAAUAAUCUAUAUUUUCCAACUCUAUUCAAAUUUUUCAAAAAGUCUUAUAAAAAAGCAACAAACAGUGAACAAACAGUAAAACCUAUUUUCCCCAAAACUUACUUUUUCGAGUUACUGCGUUUUUCGUUAGGACGGCAG